UUUUCGGUGUAAACAAGUUCAUUAUAACCAGUGGUGACUGUAAACUGAGUAAAGCUAUGCAUGAUAUACUAAUAUUCCUGAGUAAACAAGUCCAUUUCGAAGAAACUAAAGUGAGGAAACUGAGAGUCGCUAGCAUGCUUCACCUGG